AUGUUUGUCCCUAUGAUGAAGCGGCUUCGCAUAUUUUUCUUGUGGGAACAAGAGAAGACAAAUCUUGGAGGCAAAUAUGACUACAUUGGACACGAAUCUUCGGCCGCCACAAUUCUCGAUGACACAGAGCGGUGUGGCCUCCCAUGUGAUCCUAGAAACAUGUGUCGAUUCGAAGGUCGAACUUUGCCUGAACGAGGGCGUUGUUAUGCACCGGUGCGGUAUGCUUCGGAGGCUGAGUCUGUGAUUGCAGGACGAUGGGUUGAGGCAGAUGCCAAGUUGAACACCAUGCGCACAAAUCAAGCCGCAGAGUUGUUGAGGGAUUACACAUGA